AUGCCUCGCCAGCGUGGAGGUCCCGCUCGAUCUGCUCCGUCGCGACCGACGGCAGCAGCACCUCGGCCUGCAGCGCCACCUCAGCAACAACAACACCGACCGAUGUCGACCACCGCCGCUGCGCCGCCUGCUCAGCAGCAAUACGCCCAUCCGCCGCCUCAGGCUGCCCAGGCAUCGCAGGGACCAGGUCUGUUUGGACAAAUGGCCAGCACAGCAGCUGGUGUCGCAGUUGGCUCCUCAAUCGGCCAUGCUAUCGGUGGUCUGUUCAGUGGCGGUUCUUCGUCAGCCCCGGUUGAACAGCAGCAACAACAACAGCUCCCAACCGAUGCCUACUCCCGAACAGGUGGUGCCAUGGACAACGCCCUGUACGCGCAAAACUCGUCUACCGAGGCAUCGGGUCCUUGUGCUGCCGACAUCAAGAGCUUCACCGACUGCAUGAACCAGAACCAAGGCAACAUGACGAUUUGCGGUUGGUACCUGGAGCAAUUGAAGGCUUGUCAGCAGGCUGCUCGACAAUAUUGA